AAGACUCCAGUGCAGGUUGAAUGUAGCCCUAGCUUGAAAUAAACAGCGCUAACGUGUUAUAUAUCCAAACGGGAAAUGCACUUUCUAUUUUGUUGACUGUGUCGUAUCUGAAAAGCUGUAACUCUGGAGUAAUGUGACUGUGAGGGAACUUGAAAAGUGGCCAUACAGUAGGAAAUGGUACCUGCCCCUGGACCCCCUCAACAGCAGCUGGACACACCGCAGGCAUCCCGGCGGGAGCAGGCUGUGGUCAGUGAGAAGCUAAAAGGACUGACACCACAGUGUGAUGUGCCUGAGGCUGACACCGCCACAGUAGAGACUUUAAUUCAAGCUAUAACAGCAGGAAACCUAACAGAAUGCCAAAGAAUAAUCAGUGAAGAGGGAGGUGGAAUUCUGCAACAGUAUGAUGACAAAGGCCACACACCAGCUCACUGGGCUGCCUUGCAGGGACAUGUUGAAAUCAUCAAAUACUUUAUAGCUUGCAAUGGACCUGUGGACCUCCCAAGCAAGAGAGAACUAGCACAGCAUCCCAUCCAUUGGGCAGCUGUUAAUGGGCACAUUGCAGUCAUAGACCUGCUAUUGAAGGCAGGUGUGUCACCAGAUACACCAGAUGGCAAGAGAAGCACACCCCUGAUCACAGCAGCACAGUACGGACAUGCAUCAGUCUGCUGCUAUCUAAUAGGUAAAGGAGCAGAGCUACAGGUCUCAGAUUCUGAAGGAGACAAUCCCCUGCACUGGGCUGCAUUUAAGGGGCACUGUGAGCUGACUCGACUCCUUAUAUACUCAGGUUGUAACCCAAGACAAAAAGAUGCGUUUGGUCAGACUCCAUUGCAUCUGGCAGUUCUCAGUGGCGAUUUACUCACAGUCAAGCUUCUCUGUGAAGAGGAUGGAGUUGAAUUAGACAUAGAAGACAGAAAUGGAAACACGCCUCUGAAGCUUGCCCGUGGUCGUCAGUAUACAGAAAUUGUUACAUAUUUAGAAAAUGCUAUUGCAAGAUCAAAAAGUAUUAUUUCAAGGUUUGACUGGAGUUCCCUGGUAUUUGGUCCUCCUGGCAAAUCAAAAGGAGCUAUAUUUUUCUUCUGUGGUAUUGUGAUAUUUUGGGGAUACCCAACUUACUUUCUAAAGAUUGUUCCUGUUUCCUAUACCAGCCUCUGGGGUGCCCAUAUUACCUUCCUGUUCAGCAAUGUAAUAAUGUGGUAUUUUUUCUUAACUGCUUCCUGGAUAGACCCUGGUUUCUUACCACAAUGUAAUGAAGAAUAUGACCGGGCCAUUAGACAGGCUGUUUAUUUGAACACAUGGAAAUGGGGUCAGAACCCUCUAAGCCGGUUGUGCCACACUUGCCACCUUGUAAAACCUCUUCGUUCCAAACACUGUCGUGUCACCAAUCGAUGUGUCAGUUACUUUGACCACUACUGUCCAUACAUCUACAAUGAUGUGGGCUACAGAAACAGGACAUACUUUGUUGGAUUUUUAGCCACCAUGUGCCUUAAUUGCACCCUAGGGGUGUACCUUUGCUGGAACUGGUUUCUGGUGAUGGGAUGCAGCAUCUUUAUUGGACUUGGGUUCCUGGUCCUUGCCUUUAAUGCAGUCAUGUCUGGAAUAAUGACCUGCAUGUGUAUGUACAUGGCAGCAGUCAACAUCACAACAAAUGAACGUAUCAAUCAAAAGAAAUACAGCUACCUCAAAGAUGGAAGGGGAAUGUACCGGAAUCCUUUUGACCGUGGAGUCUACUUAAAUCUACUAGAAUUCUUCCACCUAAGAAAACCUCUACAAGAGAAACACAUCAGAACCUUAGAGCAAUUACCAGUUAUAUAGGCCAAUCAGGACAUAGAUGAAAAAUUAAUCAAAUGAGACCCAUCCACAAAUGUACAUGGUGGAUAAGUACUGAAAAGCCAUCAGAAGAAUCAGGGCAUGAUUUUUAGUUGCACUUGGUUGGCUUGUAAAAUAUGUGGUUUGUGCCUUUCUCAUCAAACCAUCCCAGCCAUUAUAUUUAAUAUGGGAUGUACACUGUGGUGAACUGGUGACGGGAAAUUUGUCUCUAUCAUUAUGUUGUUGUGGUGGUGGUGGUGGUGGUGGCGGUGGUAAUCUCUGAACCUUAUACCAAAAGUUAUCUCUCCCCUUGUUCACAUAUCUGACACUAUGCACUGUAUUAUAUUAUCUAUGCAAUAAGUAGUCAAUAGCUAUAUUAUAGUCUCCUGCCUUCUUCAUUCCAUGUUUUAGAUGUUUUAUGGUGGCCUGUUAUAUCAAUACAGAUCACUGGACUAUUAGUUUGCAUACUAAUAUCACCUGGUGUCCAUAGACACAGAUGGCCUGCCAAAGUGACUACCGUAUCUGAAAAAAAACUUCAUUUGUGCUUCCAAGCACUGCGGUGCAAACUCCCUUCCUUAUUUCUUCAGUCAGCAACACGACAAACUCAGAAACUUCCUUUUUCUUGGUAAUUUAAAGCACCUCUGCUUCUGUAUAAUGCACUACUGCCUACCCCCCCACACACACACACAU